AUGUCAACUUUGCGUGUGCUUUGUCGAGAUCAGCCUCGGCGAUCCAUCGCACUCGUUACGGACGAAUGUGUUCUUGAAAUCACGCAGCCCAAUGUAGACUACGGCCGCAAUGGGCCUACCGCAAAACAUCACGACACGAACCGGUGUCUCCUAGAGGCUUUUUUUCGCUCGUCCUCAGAUCUUCAGGGGUAUCGACUUUUGGGAGAGGGCUGGGGCACUCUUGGAUUGAUUUCUUUGAAUCACGACGUCUUCAUCUGUGUCGUAACCAGCUCUUCUCGGGCAGCUACUGUGCGACCCGGAGAGACAGUCUUGAAAAUUGAAAACGUCGAUUUUUACUGUCUAAACCGGUCAGAUUAUGAAUACGGGGAAGAGUAUCAAGCUUCAUCGCGUUUCGCCGCCGAAGACAUCGGCUCUGAGGAUCUUCAUGAUAUCAAAGACGUAGUCACCGAUCAUCCCUUUAUAGCUCUUAAGAAGCUAUUCAGUGACGGCAGCUUCUAUUAUAGUCGCGAUUUCAAUCUUACCGAGCGUGUCCAGGACCGGUCGACCACUUCAUCUGUCAUUGAUAUUGAUGGCCUGAAUCAAGAUAUACUUUGGAAUUCCUACAUGAUAGACCCCCUGUUAACUUUCCGCAGUCGUCUGUCCACGCACGAACGGGAAAAACUUGACAAUUCUCGUAUUCUGACGUCGGUAAUAAGAGGAUUUGCCGGUACAUUGGCAAUACCAGCCGCUGGACUUCGAAUAUCGCAUAUAGCUUCAAAUCUACCGUCAAGCUUGACUGUCAUAUCCCGUUUAUCUUCUCGUCGGGCUGGCACUAGAUUCAAUUCUCGAGGAAUCGACGAUGAUGGAAAUGUUGCAAAUUUCGUUGAAACCGAAACGAUUCUAUGGAGUCCCCCAGGUUUCACGUUCUCUUAUACGCAGGCGCGAGGCUCCGUACCCAUCUUUUGGGAACAGACACCUGGCCUCAUCCCUGGUCAGCAGAAGAUUGAAAUCUCUCGCUCAUUUGAGGCAACACAGCAUGCCUUCGACAGACAUUUCGAUUUCCUGGAAUUGAACUAUGGUGCAGUCCAUGUCGUCAAUCUUCUUAGUGAUACGAAGAACAGUGAACUAAGUCUGUCUUCGGAAUUCCGUAAGCACGUUGCAAAGAGAUCCGAUGGUCAUCAUAAUGGCUCUUCGAUGUCCUUCGAUCAUUAUUUACUCCGAAUGACCGACUUCGAUUUUCAUGCAGAGGCGAGGGGUCCGCUUGGCUACGAAGUGAGCAGUCAAAUAUAUGAAAUACUCAAGCGUGCUCUUGACGGGUUCGGCUACUCCCUGAUUGAGACUGGCAAUGACGAAAAAAAGUCAUCUCUGCCGAGUCGCAAUCGCGAAGUGCCUCGGGUGAUUUUGCAACAAGAGGGCAUUUUUAGAACCAACUGUCUUGACUGCCUCGAUAGGACCAAUCUUGUCCAAACCAUCAUCAGCUUGAUGGCGCUAGAAAUGUAUCUUCACCAACGUGGGGGCGACAUGGUACCUGAAAUUCGAAUGAAGCAUUCAACACUGUGGGCUGAUAACGGAGACGCACUAUCAAAAGUUUAUGCUGGUACUGGUGCUCUCAAGUCAUCAUUCACGAGACACGGUAAAAUGUCAUUGGCCGGUGCCUUUGCGGAUGCGCGCAAGAGCGCCACUCGUCUUUACGUCAACAAUUUCGCCGACAAGGCUAGACAAAAUACUAUCGAUAUUCUACUUGGCCGUUUGAGCACCCAAGUGCGCGUUGAACUCUAUGACCCAAUUAACGACGUUGUCACGGCAGAACUCGAGCGUCGAGCCGAAGAGUAUACAUCAUCGAGGAACAUCAAAAUCUGGGUAGGUACUUUCAAUGUCAACGGUAAAGGCGAGGGUACUACAACAGACCUUUCGCCAUGGCUCCUAUGGAUGCGUGAAAAGGGUGGUGACAACCCGGCUUUGGUAGUUGUUGCGUUUCAGGAAAUAGUCGAACUCAGCCCUCAGCAAAUUAUGUCAACUGACCCAAGACCGCGGAUGACCUGGGAAAAUUCAGUGAAGAACUGCCUCAAUGGGUAUGCUGAUCGCAUGGGAACAAAUAGAUAUGUGCUGCUGAGAAGUGGUCAACUAGUCGGUGCUGCAUUACUCGUUUAUGUUCGAGAAGAUGCUCUCGGUGAUAUCAAAAACGUAGAGGGUAGUGUCAAAAAGACUGGCCUUUCAGGAAUGGCGGGAAACAAGGGGGGUUGCGCUAUACGUCUUGAGUAUUCGAACACCAAGAUCUGCUUGGUGACUGCCCAUCUUGCCGCAGGGUUUGCGAAUUAUGAUGAAAGGAAUAAAGACUAUGCAACGAUUAGUAAUGGCUUGAGGUUCCGAUAUAAUAAAACUAUUGAAGACCACGACGCUAUCAUAUGGCUAGGUGACUUCAACUACCGCAUCGGGCUUGAUAAUCAAGAAGUGCGGCAAUUGAUCAAAAAGAACGAGUUCGGUAGAUUAUAUGAACAUGAUCAGUUGAAUCUUCAAAUGCUAGCAGGGAGAACAUUUCCAUUCUACUCUGAAGGGUUAAUAAAGUUCGCUCCUACAUAUAAGUACGACCUAGGAACCGACAAUUACGAUACCUCCAUAGUCGACGAGGGCCAGAAAGACAAGCUAAAUCGCAUACUGUACGAUCGGCAUCGUGCUGAAUUUGGUGCCAUGAUCUCCAAGGGCGGUUUACUGGAAGACGAGGACGAAACUGAUGGUCCUUUCGCCAAUUCCCAGGGACUACCACCGGCAAGUUCGGAUCGCCAAAAGUGGUGGCUUGACAAUGGCUCUGGGGCUCGUUCGGAUAUCGCACCGUCUGUGCAAGGAAAUGUGCCAAAUAUUGUCAGCAGAUCAAACCCAUUUAUCCAAAGCGAGGAAGACGAAUGGGUUAAGCCUCAAGUUUUACUCCAAAUCACAGAAUCCAAGGACCAUUCUAGAGCGGCGGUGGCAGAUAGCUCAACGAGUAAACCUCAGCGACCACGCAAACCUGUUGCACUAAGUCAACCGGUUUCACGGUCAUCGACAGCCCGGACAGAGGCUCAACGCGAUGGUAUUGGCAUCAUUGGUGAUGGGGGUGGAGAGCCUAAACCUCGAUUACCUCCCCGCCCACCUACAUGGCAAACGGCUGAACACAAUUCAACGCAACCCACUGAGCGAAGUGCCACAGCAAUGCAUGCUUCUACGAACCUGCUCGAUGAGAUGGAUCCUACAAUGGAUAAGUGGAAACCGUUGCUCCCACGCCGUUGA